AUGCCAGGGACGCUCCUGCCCCCGAGAUCACACCGGCAGCACGCACAGAUGGACCGAUCAUCUGCGUCCCGGCCGGACUUUUACCUGAUCACCGAUCAAGAUACCGUGUACGAACAAGAUCUGCUUCGCGAUGCCGGCAGUGUCAAGCCAUGGCUUGCCUACAUCGAAUGGAAGCAGCAACAUGGCACCCUCUAUGAACAAGCCUUUAUCAUGGAGCGCGCCUGCCGACAAUUGCCCCGGUCGUACAAACUGUGGAAGAUGUAUUUGGAGUUCCGAACGAAGCACCUGAAGGGGCGCAACCCCACUGUCUAUCGCGCCGAAUACCUGAAGGUCAAUGCGCUCUUCGAACGAGCUCUGAUUCUUCUGAACAAAAUGCCUCGUAUCUGGGAGAUGUACCUCUCAUUCUUACUCCAGCAACCGCUAGUGACCCAGACUCGGCGAACUUUCGAUCGCGCCCUGCGUGCCCUGCCAGUCACCCAGCACAACCGAAUCUGGAGACUCUAUAAGAGCUUUGCGCGAUCCGCAUCAGGACAAACUGCCGUCAAGAUCUGGGCCCGCUACAUGCAGAUUCAUCCUGAGAAUGCAGAGGAUUACAUCGAGCUUUUGGUGGAGAUGGGUCAGUACAAAGAGGCUGUCAAGGUCUACAUGGACAUUCUUGACAACUCGCGCUUUCAAUCUAAGAAUGGUAAAAGCAAUUUCCAGCUGUGGACUGAGAUGGUCGACCUCUUGGUCUCAAAGGCCAAGAAGAUCGAGACUGGUCCACAAGUGGGAAUUGAUGUCGAUGCCAUUCUGCGAAGCGGUAUAGAUCGCUUCGCUGACCAGCGAGGAAAGCUCUGGACUGGCUUGGCGACCUACUGGAUCACCAAGGGCAAUUUCGAGAAGGCGAGAGAUGUUUUCGAGGAGGGCAUCUUGACUGUCAUGACGGUCCGUGAUUUCACUCUUAUUUUUGACUCGUACGUCGAGUUUGAAGAGUCGAUCAUUGGUAGUCUGAUGGAGGCUGCGGCUGUUCGUUCAGAGAAAGGCAAGCUUGACGAAGAUGCCGAUUUCGACCUUGAUUUACGCAUGCUGCGCUUUGAGCAGUUGAUGGACCGACGCCCAUUCUUAGUGAAUGAUGUUUUGCUUCGCCAGAACCCCCACAAUGUUAUUGAAUGGGAAAAGCGAGUGGCCCUGUGGGGUGACAAUAAACAGGAAGCUGUCAACACCUACACAGCUGCUAUUGCGGCCAUCGGCCCCAAGAAAGCUCACGGUAAGUUCUCCGACCUGUGGGUCAAUUAUGCCAAGCUCUAUGAAAAUGGCGGAGACCUGGAAACCGCCAGGGUCAUCUUCGACAAGGCCGUCAAAGUGCCCUUCAAGUCAGUUGCUGAGCUUGCCGAGACCUGGUGCGAAUGGGCGGAGAUGGAGCUCCGUGCUGAGAACUUUGACCAGGCCGUUAGCAUUAUGGCCAAGGCGACUCAAGCACCUAAGAAGUCCACCGUGGAUUACUUCGACGAGGAUCUGUCACCGCAACAGCGUGUGCACAAGAGCUGGAAGCUGUGGAGUUUCUACGUGGAUCUCGUCGAGAGUGUUGCUUCUCUGGAUGAAACACGAAAAGUCUAUGAACGGAUCUUUGAGCUGCGUAUUGCGACACCCCAGACAGUCGUCAACUUCGCAAACCUAUUGGAAGAGAACAACUACUACGAAGACUCUUUCAAGAUAUACGAGCGCGGCUUGGAUCUUUUCAGCUAUCCUGUUGCGUUUGAGCUUUGGAAUCUCUAUUUAACCAAGGCCGUUGAUCGCAAGAUUGGCAUUGAGAGACUGCGUGAUCUCUUUGAACAAGCCUUAGACGGAUGCCCCCCCAAGUUUGCCAAGCCACUAUACUUGAUGUAUGGUAAUUUGGAAGAAGAACGAGGCCUGGCACGUCACGCUAUGCGCAUUUACGAGCGUGCAACUCGCUCAGUCUCCGACGAGGAUCGUUUCGAGAUGUUCGAAUUCUACAUCACCAAGUCCGCCUCGAACUUCGGUCUCACCUCCGCAAGACCCAUUUACGAGCGGGCCAUCGCCGCUCUGCCAGACCAGGAGGCCAAGGAGAUGUGUCUCAAAUUCGCGGAGAUGGAGCGCCGCCUCGGCGAGAUAGACCGUGCCCGUGCCAUCUAUGGCCACGCUUCCCAGUUCUGCGAUCCGCGAACCAACGCGCCCUUCUGGUCGAAAUGGGAGUCUUUCGAAGUUCAGCACGGAAACGAGGACACAUUCAAAGAGAUGCUGCGCGUCAAGAGAAGUGUCCAAGCUCAAUACAAUACCGAUGUCAACUUCAUUGCAUCGCAGGCCAUUGCACGCAGCCAACAACGUCCCCAGGACGGAGAGGGCCAGGAUGGCGAGGAAGACGCAGACCGUGCCGAUGCCAUGGCCGCCCUCGAACGCCAAGCCCGUGCCCCCGUGGGCUUCGUCGCCGCCAGCACAGGCCCAGAGGGCGGUAACCGGGCCAAGCCUGAUGGCGCAGCACCGACAGCCCCUGCCAACCCAGACGCCAUUGAUCUCGACGACGACAUGGAUGCCGAGUAA